UCUCAUUAGCCACAUACAUAUACAAAGCCAUAGCCCAGCGCAGUGGAAGAAGAAGAGAGGUGUGCCACAUUAGCAUUAAUUGAAGAUGAUGAGGAGAGGUGGUGGGGUGUUUUUGGUUCAUCUUCCUCUUCUGGCUGCACUUGCACUGAGCUCAUGGUGGAUGGUGGUGAAUGCGGCGGUGACAUUGCCACCGGAGGAUGCCCCCUUGAUCAGGCACUAUUACAAGAAGCAUAAUACGUGUGCCAAUGUGGAACCGUUUGUGAGGCACCAAGUGAUGUUGUAUUGGAGCAAGGAUAAGAGCCUCACUGCUAAGUUUCUCAAGUUGCUCUAUGCAGACUCUAUGGUCAAUGGGUGUGACGCAUCAAUUCUCCUUGAUGGUCCAAACUCGGAGAAAACAGCACCACAAAAUGCUGGGUUAGGAGGAUUUGAGAUAAUUGACAAGAUCAAGACUGUACUGGAAGACCGAUGCCCUCGAGCAGUCUCUUGUGCUGACAUUCUCAAUCUUGCAACAAGAGAUGCAGUCCAUUUUGCUGGUGCUCCAUCUUAUCCAGUUUUCCUAGGAAGAAGAGAUGGGUUGGAUUCAAAUGCUGCAUGGGUUGACCUCCCAUCCCCCUCGAUUUCAUUCGAAACAGCACUGCAAUUCUUUCAAUCCAAAGGUUUAGAUGUAUUGGACAUGACUACACUCUUAGGAGCGCAUUCACUAGGGAGAACGCAUUGCAAAUACGUAUGGGACAGACUCUACAAUUUUCAAAACACAGGAAAACCAGACCCCACCAUGAAUCAACCCAUCUUAAACGAACUCAAAAAUCAAUGCCCGUCGCAAUUGAAGUCUGGCCAAAGCGAUCCACUGGUGUAUUUGAACCCAGAUUCAGGACCCAAUUACAAGUUCACCAACAGCUACUUCUCGAGGGUGCUAAAAGGCGAAUCAGUACUCGGAGUUGAUCAGCAGCUCAAGUUUAGGAAUGACACUAAUCAAAUAAGCAAAGAAUUUGCUAAUGAUUUCGAAGAUUUUCGCAGGUCGUUUGCAUUGUCGAUAAACAGGAUGGGAGGUCUCAGAGUUUUGACUGGUGAUAAAGGAGAGAUACGGAGGAAUUGUCGUUAUGUAAACAAGAAAUGAAAAGAAUUGAAUGGCAAAUAUGGAGUGAUUUAAUUUGAUGUUAUGUAGGAGGAAGAUACAUGCUAUCAUUUGUUUUUGGAAAUAAGGAAAGAAGCAAUAUUGAAACAACAUUAUUUAUAAAUAAAGGAUGUAAACAAGAAAUGAAAAGAAUUGAAUGGCAAAUAUGGAGUGAUUUAAUUUGAUGUUA